AUGCUGUGCUCUCAUGGACUCCAGUCUGCUCUCGGUCCAGUCGUGGGCUUGUACUGGCCUGUCCGCAGUCUGUGGCCACAGGUCAGACCUCUGCUGUACCAGCAGGAUCUGCUGCACAAAAACCUACAAGAGGUCCUGAGCAGGCUGGAGAUGGUGGACAAACUUCAGGACAACAUGAUGGAGAAAAAAGAGCCUUUCCAAAGCAGCCUGGCCAUGAAAGCAGUCUCCUUCCAGCUGGACAAAGAGGGAGAGCACUUUGGCCUGACUCUGGACACCCAGGGCUUUUCCCCAGAGGAGCUGAGUGUACGGCAGGUGGGCAGGAAGCUGAGAGUCAGCGGGAGGAUGGAGAAGAAUGAGGAGGAUGGGACAGGCUGCUCCUCUUACACUCUCCAGGAGUUCAGACAGGAGUUUGAUCUGCCUGAAGGCCUGGACCCUGAAGCGCUCAGCUGCUACCUGGCUCCAGACGGGAAACUCCACAUCCAGGCGGCCAGAGCUCCAUGUGCUGAGGAGACUGAGAGAGAGCUGACUAUCAAGAGGAGCUUGGAGGAGAAAACACAACAGAGUGUGUGUUCACACACAGACAGCAGCACCACAGAAACACACGACAGCACACAGGACAACCCUGAAAACAUGGACUCAUCUACAUGA